AGGGGGUUUGGGUUUGAAAGUGUGUAGGGUUUUGCUGUUGCUGAUGCGACUUGCUUUGAUUUCCGCCCAAUUUCCUUACUUCGCCGCUGUUGAUGUUACCAAGAGGAGGCAGUCGUUGUGGUGCAUUCUUGGAAGCGCGCUUCUUUACACGGGACGCUUUGCUAGGCUGCGGCAUUGCGGGCGCGAGGCGGAGCAGCUUUCGUAUGAUUGUGGCCAUGGAGCCGCAGGCCAAGAUACAGAAGUUGCAUGAUAAUGGGAGGGUGGUGCUUGAUUCUCAAGCCCUGAGGGUCAAGAAGUUGUCUGCUUGUGCAGUCUUGCCGUCUCGGGGUUCCGCUCUUGCCGCUGGUUAUGACCUCUCUAGUGCCUACGAUACAUGCGUGCCUGCGCGGGGUAAGGCCCUUGUGAAGACGGAGUUAUCCAUUGCCAUUCCCCAAGGCACGUAUGCCCGUAUCGCUCCCCGUUCAGGUUUGGCAUGGAAGAAUUCUAUCGAUGUUGGUGCUGGAGUAAUUGACGCCGAUUACCGUGGGCCAGUUGGCGUCAUUCUCUUUAACCACUCAGACUCCGACUUUACUAUCAAAGCAGGGGACCGAAUCGCCCAACUUAUUCUAGAGCUUAUCAUCACUCCUGAUGUGAUGGAAGUUGAUGAUCUAGAUGCUACUGCCCGUGGAGACGGUGGAUUUGGGUCAACUGGCGUUUCCCUGAUCGUGCAAAGUUAACCUGAACUCUGUAUGACUUAUAAUCACGAUUUAGUUCUUAUCAACUGCUGUGGUUUGCUGGUUAUCUAGAACACUUCCUGUAUGUAUUUUGGGUAUUUUUCAGUUGUAGAUUAGCCGGUUUUUGUUCAUAUAACCUUCAAAUUUUGUCCUUGGCCAAACUCAACCCACUCUCACAUAGUGAGUUACCCGCUAUAGUUGAUACUCCUAAAAGUGAUUUGCUGAGGUGUCCCACAGCAGAUUUAUAAGAACUAAAUCGGUCAAUUUCAGAUGCAAACUCUUGUUGGGUACAAGGUUAAACAUGUGCGCAGUCCUUCGGUUCGUAGACAUGCCGAAACUAUUUUCUCAUUUACCGACUACUGGGUGUCUGUCGUUGUCAGACCUAGCCUGACUUUUGAACUCACAGUUUUUUUAAAAGAAUUCCUUUAUUGUAUGCGACCAAUAAUUAGCCAAAGUUGUUUCUGGAAGAUUUCAAUUCGAGUCUGUAGCCCGCGGAGAAACCGAUGCAGUAGACGUAUUUGUUUGUUUUUUUCGGCAUGAAAAAGGUGACCCUGUUGCAAAGUUGAAAUGGCAAGAAACAACACUUUUCGUA